CCGCGAGUGUUCAUAUCCCAAAGUGCACCGGGGUUCUCCUUCCUUUCUUUGCGGCCAUUUCCCUAUAGAGGGAAUAAGCAGCCAUGGCGCCCAGCCGAAAUGGCAUGAUCUUGAAACCCCAUUUCCAUAAAGACUGGCAGAGAAGAGUAGCCACUUGGUUUAACCAACCUGCCAGGAAGAUCCGCAGACGCAAAGCACGCCAGGUCAAAGCUCGCCUUAUAACACCACGUCCUGUGUCUGGUCCCAUCAGACCCAUUGUCAGAUGUCCCACUAUUAGAUACCACACUAAAGUGAGAGCUGGCCGAGGCUUCAGUUUGGAGGAGCUUAAGGCAGCUGGUAUCAACAAGAGAAUUGCUCGCACCAUUGGUAUUGCAGUGGAUUCACGGCGCCGCAACAAGUCUACAGAGUCCCUUCAAGCCAAUGUGCAGAGGUUAAAGGAAUACCGUUCUAAACUGAUCCUCUUCCCAACUAGGCCAUCUGCUCCCAAGAAGGGUGAUAGCUCUGCUGAAGAGCUGAAGAUGGCCACUCAGCUUAAAGGACCAGUCAUGCCUAUUCGCAAUGUCUUCAAGAAAGAGAAGGCAAGAGUUAUCACAGAAGAAGAGAAGAACUUCAAAGCCUUUGCUAGCCUGCGUAUGGCACGUGCAAAUGCUCGGUUGUUCGGCAUCCGGGCCAAGAGAGCCAAGGAAGCCGCAGAGCAGGACGUGGAGAAGAAAAAGUAAAACUAUUGAACUGUUAAUAAAAGAAACUAUCCUUGUA